AUGGCUGCUAGUAAUGGUUCUUUUAAAUCAGUACCAAAACAAAUGAGCGAUUCAUGGAUUGUUAUCGAUGAUGAAGAUGAAUCGGACUUUGUCGUCGUCGACAAUGUACAUGAUAAGCAGCAGUCCAAUUUAUCUUUAAUUUCAUCGCCAAAAGCUUCACCACAAACGAAGAGACCAUUAGGACAAAAUAAUAGCAAUAAUAAUAAUAAUAAUAAUAAUAAGCCACCGAAUAUGUCUCAACGAUCAUCUGCUGUUAAACAGAAUAAAAAACGCAAAUGGAAGGUGCUCUAUUCAUUACCAUCAACAACAGUUACACCUAAUGUUGAUGAUACAAAUCUUGAUUCAUUUGUUAUGGAUCAACACGCACAAUUAUUAGACAAACGUGAUUUAUUUAGUAAUCAGCAAUGCAUUGUCAAAGUCAAAUGA